CCAUUGUGUGUAUUUCAAGCAACUUUCGGUUUACAUGAACAUUGGCGUGCUUUGCGAUUUGUCCUUGGCCCAUUUUCCUGGAACAAAUAGAUAAGUUCUUGUGUGUUCACGGUGAAUAGUUGAUUUCAAACAUGGGUGAAAAUACAGGUGCUUUGUGUUGUAGCUGCUGUUUGUUGCUGUCAGUCGUAGGUCUGGCAGUCUGCGGUCUGACAUUUGGAAUAUUGUGUCUGGAUGCCGAGAAACGCCUGGAGAACAAGGCGUGCCAAGGUGUUGUCAACGACGCUGCUGCGAUCACCCUCAUUGUCUUCGGUGGUCUGGCCACCCUUUGCUGCUGCUGUUGCUGCUGUUACGGAUGCCUGAGCGGCGAUGAUGAGGACUCCGAGGACUCGCCUCCUGAUUACGAAGAAACCGGAUGGAGUAGCACAGCUUUCUUGACCGCCCAAACACACACCGUCGUACACCAACUCCACGUUAUAAGACACGUUACCAUUGGUAAGCUAGGCCUGAACAACGAAUAGAAAGACCAAUCAGAUGUCGAAAACUGUCACAAUCUAUGGAAGAACAAAUUUGGAUAAACGCCUCUAAAAAGAGAAAAACAUUACGACUAAACUCUUGCUAAUUGAUAAUGCAUGAACUACUAGGUGAUGGAACAAAAUAAUUAUCAGCUAUAUCUGCUAGCGAUCUGCUAUUGGAUUUGUAAUCUUCACUGCAAUUGCAACGUGCCUUUGAAACAGCGCGUCUUAUCUCAUAUCUAUUUUCAAAUGAGGAAUUUUAGCAGUAGCACUAAGUUUGAAGGAUUUGAAUAUCACUUGCAAUGAGAAAUGGGUUUAAGUUUUAUGUGCCAAUUCACCUACACGUCACGGUGCUGUUUUUGUAACAACCUUCAGUUUCUGUUCAUCAUUGUGAUAACCUUUAUAUUAUUUAAAAAACUUCAGAUUUUGUUCAUCAUUAAAUUUUUGUUGAAAAUCAUUUGUAGACUAUGCAAUUAUGCCAAGCGGAAUAAUAAAAAGGAUGAAAAGCUUUA